AGCCUGCGAUCCCGGCGGGGGGGAUGAAAGGAGGGAGCUGGGAGUGGGGCUGCCUCUGAGCCAGCGCCUAGGGACGGGACUGGACAGGACGGGACGGGGUGGGAUGACGUGGCUGUGGUCACUGCUGUUGCUGGGGCUAGGCCUGGGCAAAGGGGCAUGGGGCAAGCCCCCCCCAGAUACUGGGGUCCCUCUCUCAAGCCGGGUGCACCAGCAGGCCCCACUGAGUGAGGCCAAGCACGAUGAUGCCCAUGGAGAUUUCCAAUUUGACCACGAGGCCUUCCUGGGCCGGGAGGCAGCUCGGGAGUUUGACCAGCUCAGCCCAGAGGAGAGCAAAGCCCGGCUAGGGCGGAUUGUAGACCGAAUGGAUCGCGAUGGAGAUGCUGAUGGCUGGGUGUCGCUAGAUGAACUCCGGGCCUGGAUUUCUCAUACUCAGCAACGGCACAUCCGUGACUCAGUUACAGCUGCGUGGGACACCUACGAUACUGACCGAGACGGCCGUGUGGGCUGGGGGGAAUUGCGCAACAUCACCUAUGGUCACUACCAGCCUGGAGAAGAGUUCUCCGAUGUGGAGGAUGCAGAGACGUAUAAGAAGCUGCUGGCUCGAGAUGAGAGGCGAUUCCGGGCAGCUGACCAAGAUGGGGAUUUGCAGGCCACCAGGGAGGAGUUCACAGCCUUCCUGCACCCAGAGGAGUUCCCCCACAUGCGAGAUACCGUGAUUGCUGUGAGGAUGCAGGAGACCCUGGAGGAUUUGGACAAGAAUGGAGAUGGUUAUGUGCAAGUGGAGGAGUAUAUAGCGGACCUGUACUCCCCAGAGGCAGAGGGAGGUGAGGAACCUGCCUGGGUGCAGACAGAGCGGCAGCAGUUUCGAGACUUCCGGGACCUGAACGGGGAUGGGCACCUGGAUGGUCAUGAGGUGGGGCACUGGGUGCUGCCCCCGGCCCAGGACCAGCCACUGGUGGAGGCCAAUCACUUGCUGCAGGAAAGUGACACUGAUAAGGAUGGACGCCUGAGCAAACAGGAGAUCCUGGGGAACUGGAACAUGUUUGUGGGUAGCCAGGCCACCAACUACGGUGAGGACCUGACACGGCACCAUGAUGAGCUCUGAGCACGCUGCUGUGGAGGGGCUCUGAUCCCUGGCCCCUGGCCUCCAGCCCCCAGCACCAAUUGACUCCAGCCAGUACUUAACAAAUACUCCUCCUGCCCUCACCCUGCACCGAGAUGGCAGAAAUACCCAUCAUACAUAUAGUCAGCAAAACCUCAUUUAUGAAACAGGGAGUGAAGAUAGAGAGGGCAAACAAACCCCAUGGGCUAUGGCCCAGGGCCCUUCUAGCCACAACCCUGCUUGGGGCUCGCCUGAACUCAAGCCAGGGAGCCCCAGGAUUCCUGGUAGAGAACGUUGGGCCCCACCUUCACACAGCCCUAGGGCCUAGGAGUCAUAACUGAAGGCUCUUGAGCAUCUUCUGUGGAUCCCCUGGAUACAUUUCCUCUCUGGACCUUUUCUGGGCAUACAUGGGGGCCCAGCUUCACCGAGCCUUUCGCAGUCACAAGCCAGAGCCCCUGAAGGCCUGGCCUUCAGCAUUAGGAUCAGCACUGGGGCCCCCAAAUGCAAGAGUGCAGAAAAUCUGAGCCCCAAGCCGGCAGAAGUACUGAUUUUCCUCAUCUCCUCCCUCCGGACCUCAGAGCCCACGUUCCGACCCCAGAGGAUGGGUGGGAGGGAGGGGCUGCAAUAAAAGCCAAGGCCUCAA